AUGGAAUCCUCGCGGCAGCAGGCUUUCCAGCGGCUGCGUCCACCUUGUGUCGAGCUGAGCUCUGUCGCUCUCAAACUCAAGGCUAAUCAGACAUCUGCGAAGGUAGUCUUGCUGGCACUGGAACAGGUGCACCGGGUUCUCUGCUCACUUGGGGAUGAGAAUCUGCUUGAUGAGAAGUUGGCCGAAUACGCCUUCUUUCCACUGACUCAUGUUUUCAAUCAAUCCCCGCGGAUAUCAUCCCGAGGACUCGAGCUGGCUGUCAGAUGUGUGCAAAUUCUGGUGUCGAAAGGAUGGGGAGACAAGCUUCUUCCCGAGAUGGCCAAGCAGCUGCUCAUCCUCUUGGGCUUGCUGGUUUCCCAAGGACCUAACCGACCGGAGCAGCCUCCUACAGAUGAGCUGAAAGUUGCGUCAUUCGAAUGCAUGGCUGUCCUCGUCCGUCAGACAACUUUACAAAAAUCGACGAUCCUGGAAGGUGUCGGCAGCAGGAACAUUGUAGACCAAUUGGUCUACCAACUACUUGAAGCACUAGUAGAUGCCUCAUCCGAGGCCGUCCAGAUCAGCGCAACCCUUGUACUUCUUGAGCUUCAGCGUGCCAUCAAGAGUCGAGCAUUAUUAGCCAGUCUGCUUCCACGUACUGUGUCUACAUUGGUCAAAGUUCUUCGACCUAGUACUCAGGCCCGUCGAACGAGAAAGGUUCUUGUUGGCUACUUGGACCUGAUGACUGAAGUUUUGAGAAACGUCCUCACUGAUGGUAACGGUCCGGACAAAACUACUUCGGCGAUUCAGACCAAGUCUCCCGCAGCACGAGAUGCUGAUGAUGAGGUCAUCCUGGACAAAUCCUGGUUCAAUGCGACAGCAUCUCAAAUCGACCUGGCUCUGAUCCAGGUAGUCAAAUUGAGGACUCAUGACAGUCCUGAUGUUGCUGAAGCUCUUCUUAAGCUUUGCCUGACAGUUAUCGAUGACUGUUCGCAGACUCUCGCUCAAUCUGUGCCUCUGAUGGUGGAGACGCUUGCAGUCCUUUGCCGAUCCCCUGAUGGAUCAAAGGCAAGAUCUGCUCUCAAAUACUUGAUAACGUCGAGGCCAGAGAUAGCCGAAAUUCUGACCGCGAAAUUUUAUGACUGGUCUCAAGCACUCCCCCGGGUGAUGCAAGGUAAUGACGACAGACCCAAGCAGCAGUUGCUGAAGCAGGUGACGACGUCGUUCAUCGCGUUGACGGAGAGUUCAAGUGCCACAGACGAAGAAAUGUGGAAAUUUGCUUCAAUGUUAAUCGAUACUGUUGCAGCAGGAGUUAAAUCGAGUUCAAAUAAGGCAAAACUGGUCAACGAAGCGCCCCAGAUCUCUCCGGGCGAGCUUAUUCGGCAGUCUAGACGAUCAGAACAUGAGUUUAUGCCGGUUAUCCUGAAUCAUCAGAGCCAGCAAUCGUCUACGCAAGAGCUCACAAACCUGAUUGCCACACUUAGGUCGCAGGCCUUCAGCCAGAACAUUACACGCAGCCUUGUUGAUCAUGUGCAUGAUCCUGAUGUUGACAGGAAAUUAUCGGCAGCAUGGCUCGCCCUCCAGUUCCUGAGAUCUGACAGCGGCAAUGCAUUCGACAUGAUGGAGCUCGUGGACGACAGUGUUUCCCCCCCUGACUUCUCACUUUCCCGUCCCUUUCUCAUAACCGAUCUUUAUUCAAACACUCUGCCAUUUCUGACGGAAUAUCCUGACCUCGAAGGUGAAGCAGACACAGACUGGCGGCUGGUGGCACUGUCUCUCGAAAGUUUAACACUGCAGGCUUCUCAGCUCCGUCAAUCGUACAGACCUGAGUUAGUGGAGACAUUAUUUCCAUUACUGACUCUGCUCGGUUCCAAGAAUGCAUUGCUCCAGCAGCAUGCAAUGACGGCCCUGAACCUGUUGGCCACAGCAUGUGAAUAUGAAUCAGCCUCUCAGAUGCUGAUCGAGAACGUGGAUUAUCUAAUCAACGCUGUUGCGCUGCGGCUCAAUGCCUUUGAUGUUUCUCCCACUAGUCUACAAGUGAUCGGAAUGAUGAUUCGUCUCUGUGGUGGAAAGCUUCUCCCGCAUCUUGACGACCUCAUCGGAAGCAUUUUUAGCGCCUUGGAUACUUUCCAUGGAUAUUCGAAUCUCGUCGAACGGUUGUUUGACGUUCUUACAAUGGUAGUGACAGAGAGUUCCAAGAAGCCUGCCAUUAUUGCAAUACAGUCCGCAGCAGCACCUGACAGCAAACGAAAUGUCUCAAACCACGUAUCCUGUUUACAAGAUAUCCUCGGCGACUUACAAAACAGGAAAAACAGACAUCGUCAAUCUGAAGAGGAAAAGGAGGACAUUAUUGGUGCCCCUCACCGACCGUGGACCACUGCUGAAGAUGGUGUGCGAGGCGAGGAGCAAAGAAGCCUAUCCGACGAGAAUGAAGAGGUAGAGGAUGAUCAACCGUACCAGCAGACCGCAGACCAGAAGGAGACCGAGAUAUCCAAGUCCCACCAGCUUCUACUCCAUAUUGCACAGUCCACGGUUCCACAUUUGUCCUCUCCUUCGCCGAAGGUGCGCUCUACUUUGUUGCACAUGCUGCAGGAGAUAUGUCCACUCCUUGCAGGGCAUGAGAAUACCUUUUUGCCCUUGGUGAACUCCAUCUGGCCGGCAGUGAUUUCAAGACUACUUGCUGGGAGCGAUCCAGGCGCGGCGAAUGCGCCAUAUAUCGUCAAGGACGCCGCCCUCACAUUAGCCGAAAUCUGCCGUGCAGCAGGGAAUUUCAUGUCCAGCCGAAUUGAAGACGUCUUUGACGAGCUUGAGAUCCUCUUCGAGAAAACAUAUUCGAGUGUCGUCGGGAUAAAAAAGCGGCAGAAGGCGAUUACGAUGCCGGAGAUGAAAGAACUAGAAUUGCCCACUUCUCUAACCAGGUCGAUUCAGAAAACCCACGAGGCUAUUUCGUCAUUCGAUCAGACUUCUCUAGCCCCAUACGGCGGCAUGAGGUCGUCAGACGCUCAGAUCCUGGAAGCACUUGUGUCGUUGUUAAUUACCAUUCUUGAGCAUGUUCGGAUCUCUGAAGACAAUGUGGACAAGGUCUUCAUGCUUCUUGGCCCUCUCAUACACACGGAAAGAGUACGGCAGGCAUUACUGAAGUCUAAUGAAGAUGCCGUAUGGCUAAUCGACAACCGUCCGCCUUGGUCCGGGUCCGCAGCAAUUGCUCGUUUUCAGCGCAAAUAA